UGAACGAGUCUGGAGUCAAAUUCCAGAACACGUAGGAGCUCCUCGCGCUGCUCCAGCACGACGCACGACGCAGCGCAUAACGGAUUACUGACCAACUCAUCGAUGAGACACUAUUUAUGUGCAUUGCCUACUUUUGCCAUUACAGCACACCAUGGGAUGUUUUUAGCAUUUCCAUUUCAUUUUUCCUACAAGAAACAUGACAUGAAGAGCUUUUGUUCCCGGGCCGCCUGUUCAUGCCCAACUGGACCCACUUGUUUGCCGCAGAGGAGAAAUGUAAGAAUCUGAAGUACGAGUAUCAAUACGUGUCAGGAAAUGUUUAUUAUGGACAAAGCAGCGCGUGUAAAAAGCCGGUUAGACACGUCAUUCCACAGUGGUGGGAAAGAAUAACAGCCUGGGUUCAUUUUUCCACAACGGAAGUGAGAUCAGUCCCGUUGCCUGGCUCCACUUCUUCUAAAACAUGGUCGAUGGAGCUCCAUGCAGAGCCGGGAUGCUUGUUGUUAACGGAAAGAUGUUUGCGGGACUGAUGGGGCUGGGAUGGCACAGUAACUCUCUGCGUCACCCCUGCCAAGUCAUGGAAGGUGGCAGAGCACCCGGGACAGCUGGAGGCUCUGCUCGUAAGAGGGUGCACCGCCGACCAGGGUACAUGAGAGGAGAGCAGUCCAGACUACAGAGCACUACUCAUGGCCAGGAGGAGGAGGAAGGGAGGACCCCUUGCAUUAGGAACGGAAAAUCUGGACAUCACACUGACAUCACAGAGGGAACCAGCGCUCAGAGGACACCUGCUGUCAAUGUGUCCUUAAUGAAUCAGCAUCAGCCUGAGAAACUCCCAUGCAGCUACCAGAAGAGUAAGAGUCUUCCCUGCUCUGUUACCUAUAAGGUGGACUACAGUACCAUUAACGGUACAUCCAGCCACCAUGGUCCGUACUUCUUGCCCCAGAAUGAACUCAGGUUAAGCCCGAGCCCGGCCCCCCGGUCCUCACCUGAGGACUCCUUUAACUCCAGCUUCAGUUUCAUCCAACAGUCUCUCAACUCCAGCCGAAGGACAGACGCAACCACUGCCACACCAUCCUGGGAGCCAGAACCACUAAACCAGUCCACUAAAGCACCGAGUUCACCUCUAACCAAAUCAGCAACCUCAUCCACUGAGCACAUUGUCUUAAAACAGUCAACUACUGUCCAAUCAGUGUCCUCCUCCACCCUAAGCAGCCAGGCAGAGAGAGAGGAGCUGUCAUUAGGUGGGAGGUUUUGGCGGGAGUGUUUGUGGGGAGGCAGGGAGGUUACGCAAGACAUGCCGGACUGUGACUCCCAAUCUCUGGACAUAGAGAUCACUUCCUCACUGUCUGUGGACUCAGACACCGCCUCCGCCUCUUCUGUCACCUCCGGCUACGAGAGCGCCACGCCUGCCUCGGACCAAGGCUGGGACAGCCUGGUGAAGAAGUACGAGGGUGUGCUUCAAGACUGCCUCCAAAACAACCGCACUCACACUAAGAUUGAGUCCAUGAUGAUGAAGCUGCAGAGGCUCCAGCAGAAAGCCAUUUUGGAUGACGACUAUGACGCAGCGGAGCGUUUUGGGAAGAAGCUGGAGGAGCUGUGUAGGGAGCGAGGUGCUCUGACGCUCGGUUUACCCUCCAGACAGCCCAGCGUGGCCUUGUUUCUCCAGCAGCUCACACAGGUGGUGCACAGCGCCCUCCAGAGGGCAGACUGUGGUCAGUGCAGGGAGGCUGCGGAGCCUGAAGCAGGGGAGCGGUCCAAUUCACUGCACGGUCCACUGCAUCGAAGAGAUCGCCUGAUCCAAGAGAAACGGCUAGUAGAGGAGGAGAUAGCGGAGCUGCAGCGGAGGCUGGCGGAGCUGAGGGAGCGCGGUCGAUGCCUGGAGCAGCAGAUCCAGCAGGAGGAGCAGCACGUGGAGGCCGAGGAGCUGGAGGGCUCCAUGCUGAGGAGCUGCACCGUGGCCCAGCUCCGUGGCAUCAGCCGAACCCUGCAGGACCUCGUCACCUCGGAAAACCGCAUGCAGAUCUCCGUCUCUCCGUCAGCCUCCAUGCUCAGACUCCAGGAGCAGGAGCAGGCAUUAAAUCUGUCCAUCAAGGAAGCCACUGCCAAAGUGGUCAUGAGUCAGAGGCUGGGCAGCAGCCUGAGGAGGAAAGUCAGCGAGACUGAAACUCAGCUGUUGGCACUGCAUGAAGCCAAACUGGCAGCCAUCUCAGGUAAUGACUUCAGCAGUGCCAAGGAGCUAAAGGCUGAGAUGAAGACGGUGUACCAAGAGCGGGACAGGCUGGAUGCUCUGGCCAAGAGGCUGCACAGCCUCAGCUCGGGGAGCAGCCAGGAGCUGGCCAGGAUGAAAGUACAAAGGCAGCAGCUCAGACAGGAACUGGAGCAGAGGGAGGCCCAGCACGAAAGCCGACUGAAAGAGAACACUAUCAAGUAUAUCAAGCUAUUGGAGGACAUAUUGCACAGCUGUGGCUGCCCAGGGUUGGAGCGGAUCUGGGAAGCUGACCUGGAAGCGUGUCACCUGUUCUUGCGAGGCCUCCAGUUGCGGACUCCCAGCUGCAGUGGAGGAGACAUUGAAGACCUCUCCACUGCAGCAGUUUAUCCUCAAACCCAGCCGUGCACCAAAGAAGAAGAAGACUGCGCCAUGCUGACUGCAUUAGGAGGGCGCUGGUGUCCCGAGGCCAACUUACAGAACUCAGAGUUCACAAAGAAAUUGGAGGAGUUUUUGUUCUGCAUGGAGGAUAAUCACCCCGAGGACGGGUGCAGCGAGGCUGCAGACCUGACAGAGCGCUGCGAGCUGAUCAGUGACAGACUGAUGACCUUGGAAGAUGAAUUGCAGAUGGCCAUACUGAACCGGGAUCAGUCCCUCACCCAGUCAUUGGAAAAGGAGGUUCAGGAAUUAAAAGUCACUUUACAAACCAUGCUCGCACAGCUCAAAGAGGAAGAAGAGGGGGAAGAGGAAGUGAACGAGUUACAAGGUGACCACCUUGUGAAAAACGGGACUGAUGAAGAAGAAGAAGAGGAAGAAGAAGAAGAGGAUGAUCAGUACUUCAGUGACAGCUGGGGCAUUUGAAAUGGAUGCUUGUUGUGUUUUAUGACCACUCUCAGAGCCUGGCUCUCUGAGAGCCUGAACUCAGUUUUGCAAUAGGAGUGACCCCAUAUCCAUUUACUGUAAAGCCUCACUCAAAGGGCUACACAACCAGCCUCUGUGGUACUGCUGAAAGUUUCCAGUAUAGAGCCUUGGAAAGUCUGUAUAACAUUGUAUCCAUCUACAAAUGGAAAAAUAUGAAGGCUUGUAAUGUAAAAUAAGACACUUUUAUGCAAAAUUCCUCAAAUCUUGCCAGCCUAAGUUAACCACGUAAAGAGCGCCUUAGGCCACCACGCCGUUAUAGUGAUUCUUUUUUAUGUCACGUCUUACUGGUGCUGAGCAAUUAUGUGAUUUUUUAGAUUUUUGAUUUGGUUUAAGAUUUUUCUAUGUCUCUGAUUUGCUGAGUCUCUGAAAUUAUAAAUAAUCAGCCCUAAAGCAAGACUGUGUAACUUUUGCAGCAACUUGUGAAGUUAGAGUUAAGAGUUAGUGUAACAGUAGUUUAGCAUUGCCAGAUCCUCCUCCACAGCGCUGCUAAGGAGGGUCUGGAGAGGCAACACAGCAUUCUGAGAUGUGAGAAACAUGCUCUGGUUUAUUGCCAUUUCUUUAAACCAAUCAAUCUUAUUGGGCGGCACUGCACGGAGCAAAAAGCGGCUCUGCAAAAAUAUCUUGGGGAAGGAACUUGUUUUGGUGGAACAUGUGUACGUUGACAGGUUGUUUGAGUCGUGCAACAGAAAACUCAGAUUGGACAGAUAGUCUAGCUAUCUGUCUGGAUUUAACCUGCAGAAAUCUGAGGAGCAGUUAACCAUAGUCCUUAGAAAUCCAACGGAGUAUAAAAUGUAAAAUCCGGCAAAAUUUCUGUCGGCACCGGAGCAACGUUAGCGUAGUGGAUAGACACUAGUGUAACAGUAAGUGUAAAAGUCAUACAGUGAGUGAACUUAAUUAGUAAUGUCAGUUACAAAGCAAUAUCUAUCCGGGGUUUGCUAAUAUUAGCCAACAUUAGCCACAGUAAGUUACAGUAAAAGUUAAAGUAAAGCUGUAUCACAAAACCCUUGAGUGAUUUGAAUUGAACAAGGUUGUGGUGCAGAAUGGGUUAUUUAUUAUUUCAAGAGUUACAUAGUGGCGCUUUAAAAUUCCAUGACAAAAACUGAAAAUUCCAUACUUUUUUUUUGUUUUUAAAUAGCAAACAUGAAACCACACUGAAGCAUAAAAAUCACUAAUCGCUCGCCACGUCCAUGAACGUGCACAUAAACUAAAAUGUAUGCUUCAUUUUUAGGUCAGCUAAGCACUUUUGUGUGUUUUUCGUAUGAAUGGACUUGAAGUCCAUGAAAUAACUUGUUUGUGGUGCUACAGAAUGUGAGCUAACUUGAACACUUUGUUUUCUUGCAAUAUUUAGAUGUUUUUUUUCCACCCGGUGUUUAAGCACAUUUAAAAUAAUUUUACCUGCCACUGAUUUGUUAUUUUUAAUUGUACUUUAAGUACAUUAUGUUUAUGCUCAGCAUCUUUUUCUCAUUCCCCUGGUUGUCACUUGACAUUCUGCCAGAAACAUGUUUUGUACUUAUACCCACAAAUGCCUUUUUUCAUUUGCUGUGCAGCUUGAACUUGCGGUGUUAUGUUUUAUAUUUAUUCCUUACAGCAUCUCACUAAUUACAUCAUGUACCAUUCAGCCUAA